UUCUCAGAGAGGCCAAAGUGGUUCUUCAUUUGCAGCCAGCAGCUCUCCUUUACAGCAACACUCCUCUGCCGCCAUAGAAACGACAGCAGCCAUGACCGAGAGACGUAUUCCGUUCACCCUGCUCCGCACCCCCAGCUGGGACCCAUUCCGCGACUGGCAGCACAGCCGCAUCUUCGAUCAGACCUUCGGCAUGCCGGCCCUGGCCGAGGAUUUCGCCACAUUCCCCAGCACCCACUGGCCGGGGUACAUGCGGCCCUCCGUCAUGGCCGCGGACAUGGGCGCCAUGAUGCCACACGCCCCCAUGAUGCCACACGCCCCCAUGAUGUACCCGGCCCCCGUGAUGGCCCAGCAGGCUCGUGCCCUGUCCCGCCAGAUGAGCACCGGCAUGUCAGAGAUCAAGCAGACCCAAGACAGCUGGAAGGUGUCCCUGGAUGUCAACCACUUCUCACCUGAGGAGUUGGUGGUGAAGACCAAGGACGGCGUGGUGGAAAUCACUGGCAAGCAUGAAGAGAGGAAGGACGAGCACGGUUUUGUGUCCAGGACCUUCACCAGGAAAUACACCCUGCCCUCCUCAGCUAACGUUGAGAAGGUGUCCUCCUCCCUGUCUCCCGAGGGGUUGCUGACCGUGGAGGCUCCUCUGAUCCGACCGGCCAUCGAGUGCUCAGAGACCACCAUACCUGUCAACGUGGAAAACAAAGGUGGCGUGGUGAAGAAGUAGAAUCAGCGUGUCUUCCCACUCACAUAUUCAAAUACUCGCUUUACGACUACAAACUGCUUCUGGAAAGGUGAAGAAGCGGCUUAGCCCUCCUCCAAAAGCACUCUUUCACAUGCCAGAGAGAAAAGCAAGGGAUUACCUUUACUCUUCUCUCUCUCUCUCCUCCGUCUCUGGUAAUGAGCCAACCUCAUCUGAGUGCAGCGUGUAAAACACAUCUGCAGAAGCGCCAUAUGCCUGCUCUUUCUGCCGUAAUUACACUCUUCAUUUGAAUGUAGAAAACCUUGGCUAAGCCCCCCUCAAAGCUUUGUCUCUCCCUCAUUUGCACACCUUUCUCAUUUCUAUGGAGUUCAUGCUGCCCCCACAGACACACUUAAAGACAGUCAAGCGCAUUGUAAUAGCAGUGAUCAUGUGAAUUAAAGAACCAAGGUCCCAGGAGAGAAUGCACACAACCACUUUGAGUUUAGAACAAUACCUGUUCGUGUACACGAUGUGGGACUUUACUGGAAAUACACUGGUUUUAUCUUGAAACUAUUCAGGCAUGCAAACACAGA